ACCAGCCGUUUUACGAGAAUGAAAGUGAGAGCGGCGGACCCGACGGGCAGUCACCACCACGCCGCCGCGGUGAACACAACUUCGCUCGGACACGCCGCCACCCACCAACGUGGUGCCCCCAGCUGGGCUUGAGCAGCACACCUGGGCCGAGGCACCAGCGGAGUUCGGACGCGGCCGGACUUCAGAGAUCUCCAGGCGUCAUGGGGGAAGCAGCAGUAAGAGAGGAUGGGGCGGUGAUACGAUCAGCUGAGUACGUAGGCUCGUUUCCGGUGGACGACAGCUGCCUGGAUGACCAGAUGGAGCAACUGCACAGGAACUUAAAGGGCCUGAAAACAUGCAAGAACAGGAGGCCCGUAUCCCUAAAGUUCUCCAUCAAAGGUGUGAAAAUGUACGACGAGGACGAAAUGACCCUCCUGAUGGCCCACGCCCUUCGCAGAGUGUCACUCUCCACCGCUCGGCCCAGCGACGCCCAGUUCGCCUUUGUCUCCCACAAUCCGGGCAGCGCCGACGCCCAGCUGUACUGCCACGUUUUUCAAGCCAGACACGCCAGAGCUGCCCAGUUCCUGAACCUUCUGCUGUGCCGCUGUUUCCAGCUAUCUUACCUGGAGAAGCAUCCAGACGAAGCUCAGGAAGUUUCUUCUGGGUCUGCGCCUCGACGUAACCCAUCGCUUCUCAACCACGGCUUCCCGCUCAGUGUUAGCGCACUGGUGUCCUUCCGAAGAGCCCCCUUUCGGGGGUUGAUGUUCGGGUCUAAGAAACGAGACAAGUUCUCCGACGAGCAGCAGCUCUGCAGCCAAGACGAGGUCUUCCCUUCCUCCUCCCCGUCUCUGGUGCGCAAGAAAGCCAUCCGCAACAAAGUGCUGCGCUCUGGGGCGUACCGCUCCUUCACGUUCACGCCGCUUAAGCAGCGCCACGUCCAGGAGCACCUCAGCGCAUCACAAGAAAAGGACCCAGACAAAACCCAAGCAAGACGAUCCCGGGCGCCGAGCUUGGCCGAAACUGAGGAAGCGCUCGCUCAGGCUGUGUGGUGUUGGGCCGGUAUCGCAACUGACAGCAGCUACUCCCUCCUAGCUGAUGACGUUUUGGGAUCCUACCUCCUGUGGCCGCACCCCAAGAAACCCAAAAGUGGAUCCCUCAUCAUUCGCUUCCCCUCCGGCCUCGUCACCCACCUCAUUGAAAACACACGUGAAGGGAAUUUCCUGUUGGAGAAAUGCAAAGCAGAAUUCAGUUCCUUCGCGGAGCUGAUUGAACAUUACAUGGAGAACCAGGAUGGACUGCCGUGCCGGCUGACCUGCGCCCGCGUCAACCAUUGCUACGAGUGGGAGGAGGAAGACGCCACAGAGCCCAAGGCCCAGGAGCUGCACAGGAGUCUGAACAAAAGCAGAAUGCAGAGGAUAGUCAAAGGGAUAGGGAUGAAAUUUGGACACUAGAAGCUGUCAGCUGCUAACCUUUUUUUAUUUAAAAAAAAAACAUUUUUAUUUUUGUUUUUUGCAUGUUCACGUUACAUGUUGGUGAGACAUUCCAAACUUUAUCAAUACUCACCGCACCUUUUUAUUUACCCUGUUGGCACUUCAAGUAUCUAUGAUGUAUAGGUCAUUUUGUCAAAGCUCUUUUUUUAUGUACUUGUUGUUUUAAUGUUUAUAUAUAUAUAUAUAUAUGUACGUUUUUUAAAUAGAGUUCCAUCGAUUUUUAAGGCAUGUAACUAUGCUUAACAGAAGUACUUGCUCAAUUUUUAUGGCGUUAAGAGUUUAGGUUGUUAAAUCUGAUGGCAAAGCUGUUUCCCGCUCUAUUGUCAAGUUAUUGCAAAUAUAUUUGUUUCUAUUCA